UAUUUCUUAUAAACAAUUUUUCCCUAAUGUCUUUUUUCCUUUCUUUCCUUUCCUUUUCUUUCUUUAUUUCCUCUCAAAUUCCUCAGUUUCUUUUCCUUAUCAAUUAUUCAUAUUUAAUAUGAAGGCUUUUGUUGAUCUUCUUUAUUGAUAAGGUCCAAACAAUUUUGUUGAGGACUUGAGGCAAAGGAAUGGCAACAAAGACAAGGGACAUUUCCCCUCUAGUAAAGGUCAAGAGGAGUCCCAAUACAUCCAAGACAAAGUCACUUGUAGUCACAAAUGCCAUUAAUCUUAUUGCCUCAAAUAGGAAAAAUAUAUAUCUCAAGUCCAAAGUUUGUUCUAGUCAUGAUAAAACUCAAGGCAAGAAACCAACAACAUCAACUUAUCCCAACAUUACCUAUAAAGAAGCUCUAAAUUAUGGAACAUCGAUCGAUAAGCCUCCAUCUAGUUUUGAUUAUGCUCAAGUCAAGAAGAAUCCAACCUUAUCGAAUGAUCUCAACAUUGUCCACAAUAAACCAAAGGUAGCUCGAGGAAGUUUGAUCGAUAAUAGGUCUUCUACGCCUUCUAGUCUUGAUAAUGCUCAAGGAAAGAAGCUAGCACCAUCAUCACCAUCAUGUAUUCCUCUUAGCAUUCACAAUAAACAAGCUCUUAGAAGAUUAUCGUUUGAUAAUAGGCCUCCCCAAUCUUCUAGUCUUGAUCAUAGUACUCGAGGCAAGAAGCUAGCCUUGUCAACUAGUGAUCCCAAAGUUCACGACAAACAAACUCUAACUCGAAGAAGAUUGUCAUUCGAUCAUAGGCCUCCCAUGUCUUCUUUUCGCGAUAAUAGUCCUCAAAUAAAGAAACUAGUCCCAAAAAAUGAUCCCAACAUUCAUAGAAAAAAAACUCCAACACGAAGAAGGUUAUCGAUCGAUCAUAAACCUCCUCUGUCUUCUCCCCUGCUAAAACACAGAACAUCCUCUAAUCCUAGGGAGAGGAUUCCCAAACCAUACUUGUCAUCUUCAAGUAAGAAUUCCACUUCCCAAAAACCCCUUUUGAAUAAAUUGUUCAAAGCACCUCAUACUAGUAGUAAUAAGAAUGUUAUUGAGAAACAACAUGAUGCUGGCCUCUAUGAUAAGGCAGUGAACAUAAACAAAACUAUCACUAAGAAGCAAGAUAGUGCUGUUACCAUAACAUCUAAAUUGACAGAUAUCUUUGCGAAUAUUGAUCCUCAUGAGAAUGAAGAGUUAAAGAAAGAGGAACACCAAGAGCUAGUCAUUGAAGAUCAUGAAGAUCUAAGUGACACUGCAGACAUUGAUGAAUACCUCAAGGCUGUUGAAUCAUCCUCAUUAUAUGGUAUGGAAAAUCAAGAAGUCAUCAACGUGGAAAUUUCAGAAGAACAACGACUAGUUGAAGAAACAAACCAUAAAGAAGUAGAAGAAAUCAAGAAUCAUGAGCCAAGUGAUCUUGAUCUUGAAGAGAAAGAAAAACAAGAAAGUGACAAUCAAGAAGAGAAAGAAAAAGAGAAGGGUGAAAGAAGUGAAACAUUAUCAAAAGCAUUGGAUGAUUGUCAACAAAAGAAAGAAGAGGGACAUGAAUCGAAUUCGAAGAUUGAUCAAGAAGAGAAAGAGGAACGUGAAGCAAGAAACAACAAAGGAAAGGAAGAGAAUAACAAUAAGAUUAGCACAACUACAAUGACAUUUGCAAAGGCAUAUCCACAUUUGGUGCAUAAGAAGGAAAAUGUAGUAACUAAUGAUGUGAUUGAAGAGACAACAAGUAAACUUAGAGAUCAAAGAAAGAAUAGAGUGAAAGCAUUGGCUAGUGCCUUUGAAGCUGUCAUAUCUUUGCAAGAUCCCAAGUGAGUUUACACUUGUAUGAACCAUUCAUUGUUGUAACAACUUUCUUACAAUUGUUUUGGAGAAAUAUGAAAAAAUAUUUGCAUGCAUACA